AGCAGAGAGUGUUGAGCAACAAGAUGGAGUCGUCAGUAAGAAGUAAUGAAGAUGAUACUGAGAAGGAAACACCUGGAGCCAUUACAGAUGCAGCACCCUGUCGCACCUGUCGUCGGACAACUGGGGUGGCUGUUGUCAUGGCAACAGUAAUCCUGGUCAUGGCACUUAUUUUGUCUUUGGUGCUAUUUGGCCGGUGGGCAUCAUCAUCAGAAAUGGAUCAGACCUCCAAAACUGCACAUCGGAGGCUGAGGGAGCGACUACAACAGUGCCAGAAAAAGCGAAGUGAUCUGAACCUGAUGCUCCACAAUGUUACUCGAGACUCCAGAUGUAAUGUGUGUCCCGACGGCUGGCUGUGGUGGAGGCAUCACUGCUACUUCUUCUCAGUAGGACUUCAGGAAAAUCGUCAGUGGAAUGAGAGUGGCGAGUUUUGCCAGCAACACAACAGCAGCCUGGCUGUGAUCAAAGACUCUGCAGAGAUGGAAUUUAUUACAGGAGUGCUGCAGAACUUCUCUCGGUUCCCCUUCCUGUGGGUGGGACUGACCGACUCCAAGCAGGAGGGUCAGUGGUUGUGGUCAGACGGGGCCGACCUCCAUCACUACAUGCCGGUGACCAUGGAGUGGGACGCUGAUCACAGGGACUGUGCAGACCUGAGGGGAGGUGGGAGUCUCUUUGCUGCAGACUGUGAAGAGUACGGACCCUGGGCUUGUAAGAGGGAGUCCUGAUGUAGACAUAACUCAUCGUCCUACUCCGCUCAUGCUUAACAAGUGAUGGAUAAACUUCACACACUCCUGCAGGCUACGCAGAUCUUUGAGGCUGUUCUGACGAGGAUGUAGCGUCUGGA